AUGGCCAGCUACACAAACGGCGAGAGCAACAACGGCGAGUCCAAGGGCAUUCAGCCUAAGAUCACUCUCUACACCAACCACCUUUGUCCUUUCGCACACCGUGCUCACAUCACACUCGAAGAGCUGGGCCUGGACUUUGAAGAGGUCAUCAUCGAUUUGGACAAGCCUCGCGAGCAGUGGUACCUCGAUAUCAACCCCCGCGGUCUGGUACCCUCGAUCAAGUACACCGUUCCUGGUCUUUAUGACGAGGAGAUCAUCACCGAGUCGGGCAUUGUCGCCCAGUUCCUCGCAGACGCCCGUCCUUCGCAUUUGCUUCCUGGCAGCUUGCACGACCCCUUCGCACCGCUGUUCAGAGCCAGAUUGGCUUUCUUCGUCGACACAUGGAACACAAAGGUUCAGGGCAACCUAUACCCUAUGAUGAAGGCCGAGGGCGAGGAGAAGGAGAAGUUGGCUAAGGAGACUGUUGCCGCUAUUGAGAAGGAGAUUGAGCCUCUACUUGCAAAUGCCGCUCCCUUCUUUGGCGGCAAGGACAAGCCCACACUCGCUGAGGUAUGUUUCGUCAAGCAUCCACGUCCACCGGGCACAAUACUGACCGAGACAAAAUUANNGGCCAUCAUUGCUCCUUUCCUGAUCCGCUUCUUUGCUUUCUCCAAGGAAGGCAACCUUCUCCCAUCGUCGCUCAAGAAGUCGAUCGAGGCUCUGCCUAAUACCGGCAAGUGGGCCAAGGCUGUCGUCGAGCUUCCCAGUGCUCUGACUAUUUGGAACGAGGAGGACGUUGUCAAGAGAACAUCGGCUCGUGUGGCCAAGAUGAAGGAGGCUGCUAAGUAA